AUGAUAAAUAGAGAAGAGAAAUCGUUUAAUGCUAUCUCACUCUAUGAGUGAACAAAAUGUUUUACUUGCUCACUAAGGAGCUAAUUUAUUUUUUAAAUUUAAUUUAUAAAUUAUUUCUCUUCAUAAAUUUAUUUGCAAGAAUUAGCCCGAAAUUUUAUUUCAAUAAUUAUUCUUAUAUUUCAAAAUAUUCUUAUAAGCAAAUGAUAUGCUCAAAAAAAUUUGCUCGCUUCUAGAUUUUUUUUCCAAAAUCGUUGUGUUCGCUCACAGAUGAAUGAAGCUAAAAAAUCCAAUUUAUCGAAUCAACCACGAUUUUGAGCUGCUUUAUAUGCAGCAGAUGGAAUUUCAAAGGUGCUCGAAACAAGCAGAUGCAUCUUUGGUCAAAAUGAAAUGCAAAAUUGAUAAAUACUCUUUUGCAGAGACUUCUUUGCACUUUUUCCAUGUUAAUAACCCUUUAAGGAAAGUUUUAUUGGAAAUUACAAUGAGUAUUUGAUUUGACUGAUUUAUUUUGCUUGUCAUUAUUUUGAACAGUAUUUGUUUAGCUUAUGAUGUGCAGACUGAUAAUUGAUCUCAAUGAAAUGAAACAACGGAAAAAAUAUUUUUAGUGAUCUUUACAAUAGAAAUAAUUCUCAGAAUAUUCGCCAAAGGCCUAAUUGUGGGAAAAUAUACUUAUUUCAGAGAUUUUUGAAAUGUAUUUGAUUUUAUAAUUAUUUUGAUUGGAUGGAUUGGGGAAAUGCAAAACGAGAUUGAUCCAACUUUAAUGAGAACUAUUAGACUAUUCAGGCCAUUAAGAGCUAUUAAUAGCUUUCCUGAGCUGAAAUUAAUUAUUUUAUCAAUUAUGAAAUCUGUUCCUUUACUACUUGAUAUUUUAGCACUAUUUAGCUUAGUGAUAUUAAUAUAUGCUAUUGCUGGAACACGCAUCUAUGCAGGACUUUAUAACCAACAAUGCUAUACACAAGAUGGAAAUACUACAGGCGUUUAUUGCUAUUUAGACCCGAGCUGUAAAGAAUUUGAAGUUAACUGUGGAAGGUCAAAUUCUGGAUGUGGUGAUGGAGAAUAUUGUUGAGACAGCAAUUUAAAUUUGAAUAAUGGAGUUACUUCUUUUGAUAACAUUGGAAUUAGCAUUUUGACUGUUUUAAAUGUAGUUUUUAUUGAAGGGUGAAGUCCAAUUAUGUUUGAAGGGAGACUGGCUUAUAAUGAAGUUUUGACUAAUGAUUUAUUCUUUGUGUCUUUGAUUGUGAUUGGAGCUUUUUUCUUAUUAAAUUUGAUUAAAGCAGUUUUAUUUGUAAAAUUUCAUGAAGUCGUAAGCGAAGAAAAGCUUUUACUCUCUGUCCCGAGAGUGAGCAAAUGAUUGAAAAAUUCUAUUAGGAAAAAAAUCACAAUUUGCGGAGCAAACAAAAAUUUUUUGAAUAUAAAAUUAUUUUUAUAAUAUAUAAGUGAUAAAUAAUACAACAAAACCUCUAGUUGAUUGUUUUUUAAAUUUCGAAAAAAUUAUAUAUAAAACUUUUUAAAAGAAAAUUAACCCCCUCUUAAGUGGAAAAAUUUUUUGUUCACUUAAGGAGGGCUUAACUGAAAUUAUUAUAGUACAGCCAUGUCAGAUUUUCACAUCGACGACCUAAAGGUAUUUUUCGCUCCCUCCAGAUAAGGCUUGCACUCGCAGCUCUGAGUUAAUGACUCUGGCUAGCCAUGCCACAUGCUAACAGAGUGGUCAUUUUCUGAAAAUCCAAAAAGUGAUUUCUCAUCAGGCUAUUGGCCAGACUAAACUUGAGCCCAGGAUGCAAGCCAUGAUUUCGCGUUGGGAAAUGGCCGAUUGGUCAAGCGAAUGCCUUCUGGCCUUGCUGAGCUGUCCCUUUCCAACUUCAAAGUUCCAUCUUCCCCCUAAUAUAACCUUUUCCUGGGUUUGAGCUGCCACCAGCCUUACAUUGCGCUCCACGGGACCAAUUAAAACCCUGCCGGCACACACUCACCUCAAGUGCUCUCCCUUACACAAGAUCUUUGACUCCUGCCUGGCUACAGAUGCUAAGAGGGUCAAGCUGAAAAAAAAAAAAACUCAUUGAGUUUUCAUCCCUCACUUUGCACUAAAAAAUGUCUUCGAAAUUUUUACACUUUCGAACAAAAAAAUACGAAUAAAAAAACCAAAAUGAGAGUUUUUAUCCUCACACUGUUAAGAGGGCAGGUGGUUCGCCACGCAAUUUUUAUUUGUGUCCUUAUGGAGGUAUAGUUAGAAAAAAAUAAAGGAAUUAUUUUCGAUGAAAAAGUGAUGUGUGACUUCAAGCCAAAAGAGCCUGAAGAUAACAGCGGAAUAUGAUAUUGCUGAUAUUUUAUAAGAAUAAAAUUGUAUAUUUUUAUUCAAAGCAAUAUUUAUUAUUGAUUAUAUGGAGCUUUUAUAAUGACAAAUACAUUUAUUUUGUCUACUGAAUACUAUGGAAUGAGUAAAUCGCAUGAAAACGCCGUGCUAUGUGCAGAUGCGAUUUUUACUUGAAUAUUUUUUGCAGAAAUGGUCUUGAAAUUAAUUGCUUUAGGAAUUAAGGGCUAUGCAGCUGAUAAUUUUAAUAUUUUUGAAGCAUUUUUAGUAGUCUUCGGCCUUUCUGAAAUUAUUGUGAUGAAUCUUUCAUAUGGCUUCGACUCAAUUGAAUUGCGAUUCUUAAGAACAGCGAGAAUAUUUAGAUUUUUUAAGCUAGCUCGAAGAUGAAAAGGGCUGAAAUAUUUAAUUGAGAAAGCUUGAAAAAGUGCAGAGCUAGUUAUUUACUUACUCCCACUCAUUUAAAUUGAUACGAAAUAUAGGUAAUAAUUUCCAUUUUUGUGAAACUUUGCUCCUUUAAGUGCUGAAACAAAAUUCUUUUUCAAUAGGAAAGUUUUAAAGGUUUAAAUUCUAAUUUUUAUAAAACUAAUGUUGACCUAAUUUAAUAAAAAAAGUGAUUAAAACAGUCUUCAUUAUGAAUCAAUACAUUUUCUUUAAGUCUUUAAAAACUUUAUCAAAUAUUUUUAUAUAGAGAAUUUUUUUUUAAAAAAAUACCUAUUUAAAUUGAGCAAGAUUUUUUAUUACAAUUUAAAGGGUGAAAGUUAGGAAUUCUUUGCUUUAUUGUAUUGUUUGUUUAUGCCAUAAUCGGUGUUCAGCUAUUCAAGGAUAAAUUAUAUGAAGACGGAGAGGUAUCUCGCACAAAUUUUAAUAAUCUAUUUUGGGCUAUUGUUACUACAUUUCAAUUAUUUACUGAUGAAAACUGAAAUUCUGUAUGAUAUGACUCAGUUAAUGGGGUUGGAUGGUGAGCAACAGUUUAUUAUUUAUCAAUACUUAGCAUAGGAAGUUAUGUCUUGUUUGAUUUUUUCUUAGCUAUUUUAUUAGAGCAGUUUGAAGAAAGUAAGGAAGAAAAAAAAUUAUAUAGAUCCAAUUCUGAGCUAACUGAAGCUAGUUUAACUGAUCAGAAAUUGGAGAAAAGAAGAAGAGAAAUUUUUGAGAAAAAAAUUAGGCAAAUUAAUGAAAGACAAUAUGAUCCUUUGCCGAUUUAUGGAAAAUCUCUGUAUUUAUUUUCAGUGGAUAGCAAGAUAAGGCAAAAUCUCAGAAAAGUUGUAUUACAUCCUUAUUUUAUCAAUUGAACAUUUUGGGUACUUAUUUUGGCAGCAAUUUUUAUAACUUUUGACAAAGCUAUUCCAGAUCCUUAUGAGUUUAAAGUAGCAACAGUAGGGAGAUAUUUUACGCUAAGCUGCUAUUGAAUUGAAAUCAUAAUAAAGGUCAUAGUAAGUGGGUUUAUCUUUGGAAAGCAUGCGUAUCUCAAAGAUGGAUGAAAUAUUCUUGAUUUUGUUAUAGUUAUUGUGCAUACUGUAAGACUUAGUACAAGACUUAUAUGGGAAAAUUCAAUACCCGCUGAUAUUUAUAUUGCUAAUUAGGAUGAACAGCACGGCUUGCCGGCAAGCCCAAAAAAAAACCUUCUGUUCAUACUAACUAACAAUAUAUUUACACAAGCAAUUUUAUCAUUCAGAGUUCUACGACUAGUAUCAAGAAAUGAAACGUUAAAAAAGAUUGUAACAUCAAUUAUCUCUGCAUUCCCAGUACUAUUUAAUGUUAUGAUUUUGUCAUUAUUGGAUUAUUUUAUGUUUGGAGUUGUAGGGGUAAUUUAUUUUAAAGGCGCUUUUUACACAUGCAGUGAUCCUAGCAUUGAAAAAGAAGAUGACUGUACAGGACAGUAUUUUAAUGGAACUGAUUUUCUAGAUAGAGAAUGAAAAAACACUGAUUACAAUUUUGAUAAUAUCCUUCGUGGAAUGAAUUUACUUUUCCAAAUCUCUUCAAUUGAAGAUUGGCCUAAUUUUAUGUUUACUAUAGUAGAUGCUGUUGGGCAAGGCCAAGCAAUGAAAAGGGAUCAUAAUCAGUAUGCAGCUUUGUUUGUAAUUGUAUUUUUAUUUAUUACAACUUUUUUUGUAGUAAAUUUAUAUAUUGGAGCAAUUGUAACAAAAUUUGGUGAAAUACAUAAUGAGCUUGAUGGAUCUCUAAUUCUAACGCAUAAACAAAAAGAAUGGGUGGAGACGCAAAAGCUUUUAUUAAAAGUGUCUCCAAAAAUUAAGUAUAUUAGGCCGAAAAAUAAAAUUAGGAAAAUUCUUUUUGAUUUGGUGCUGGAUUAUAAAUUUGACUAUUUAGUUACAGGCUGCAUCGUCAUGAAUAUGAUUUUUCUUUGUCUUUAUAACUCUGAAUUAGAUGAAGAGUUAUGACAUGUUCUAUAUUUUGGAUCUGUAGGAUUUACAGUGCUUUUUUCAAUUGAAUGUGGGCUGAAAAUUAUUGGUUUAGGCCCAAGAUAUUAUUUUGCAAAUAAAUGAAAUCUUUUUGACUUCAUUAUAGUUCUUUUAUCGCUUAUAUCUUUUUCUGAAACAAUUAUUGCGAAAAAUAGUAUAACCCUAGCAAAGCUCCUUAGAGUUGUACGAAGCUUAAGACUUAUUAGAUUUUUUAAGCACUUCAAACGAAUUUUUGAUUCUUUACUACUUUCUCUACCUUCAAUAGCAAAUGUAGUAAUAUUAAUUUUUUUAUUAUUGUUUAUUUAUGCAACUGCAGGAGCUACUUUAUGAGGAAAUCUUCAAUUUGGACAGUAUAUAUCAUCAGAAAAAAAUUUCACUGAUUUUUAUAAUUCAUUUAUGGUCUUAUUUAUAACAAUGACAGGAGAGGAUUGAGAUUUGCUUUAUUCCGAAUGUAUGGGCAUGGAAGGAUGUAAUGACUGAACUGUAUGUGGGAAUCCAUGAAUUGCUGCUAUUUAUUGGGUUUCUUAUGAAGUUUUAGCAGCAUUUAUAUUUAUGAACAUUUUUAUUGCAGUUUUAUUAGAAAAUUUUACGAUAGAAAACGAGGAUAAUCCUUUGAGAGGGGUAACAUCAAGAGACUUAGACAAUUUUGUUAAAGCCUGAAGUAAUUAUGCGCCUUAUGGAGAGCAUUUUAUUAGAACUAAAUAUCUGCCUAAAUUAUUAAAUGAAUUAGAAGCGCCACUUGGGUUCAAAGGGUCAAGACUUUCUAGACUGCAACUGAUUAGUAUUAUUUAUGCAUUGAAAAUUAAAGAAUACAAUGGGAAAGUAAUGUUUUCUGAAUGCUUAUGAGCAUUAGCAGGUGCUGUAAGUGGAGAAGAUAUGCCUAUAGGAGCUCCAUCAAUUGUUGGGAAAUCAAUGAAUGGGAAUUUUCAGUAUAAAGUGCCUAGAUUGCCUAAUAAAUCAAUUACAAGUACAGAAGGAACUUAUGCAGCGAAAACUCUAGUUGCUUAUGUAUUUUAUGAAAUGUGGAAAAGCAGAAAAGAAGCAAGAGAGAAGAGAAAUUUAUUUGCAGCAACACAUAUUUCAGAUCAACCAUAA